AUGUUUGAACGCGGUUUUAGCACUAUUAAGGGUAACAUCAAACCACAGGAUAUCAUUCUUCAAGUGACGAAUGAUACUAAUAUACAACCCUACGUUACAAAUCCUCGAUUUACGCAACAGUAUGUUUAUGAGAUAAGUGAAGGAAAGCUAUACAAUAUCACACCAAUUCACAUUGACACAUUGCGCUUUGGAUUUGUGGGCUGCGAUCCAGUAAUAAAUGUCGCAGAAGAAAAUGGUUUUGAGUAUCUCGUCGGCUCAGAGCACAUGCUUGCUAAAUUGGUGGCCGAGGUGAUGCAUUCCAAAUUGGUAUUCAUGGAUUAUUCGAACAGUACACGUCCAGAGGUGAUUACUUUGGUGGAUAAUGAAGUAAUUGACUUUGUUGGUGGGUGCCUCUCUUACACAUACGAACGUCGAAAAAUGGUGGAAUUCACGCCAAACUUCUUUGAAGACGGAUAUAAAAUAUAUUUCAGUACUAUGGUUAUACCAAAACAUGGAUCUUUUCUGAUCUCGUUACCAUUCACUAAGAUGGUGUGGAUGUUAGUGUACCUGGUACCUACUGGAAUGGGUAUUUUACUAGUUGCAGCUUGUAAAUACUUUAAGAUCAGAGCAAAUUUUCGUUUCAAUAUGUUUUUGUUAACAUUAUAUGAACAGCCAAUCAAAGUGAGGAAAUUGCCCUCGUUCGUCAAGAUGACACUCGUAUUUUGGUUGUUUUGUGCAAUGAUUAUUACCAGCGCGUACAAGAGCAUACUAUCAUCAAUAUUGAUUGCACCCCAAUUGAACGAACCUCGCAAUAUUCUUGACGCGAUUGAUCGAGAUUACACAUUUUAUAUUCCACACAAUGAUCUCUCAUUUCCCAUUGAACACAUGAAUGCAUCGCUCAAUCAAAAAAUACGCGCGGUGGUUAAUCGAUGGCGAAGAAAACCGGAUGCAUGUGAAACAGUGAAUGUCACACUAUAUGGAAUGAACGCCGUCAUCAUGGAAGCAUUGAACGGGAGAUACACAUUUUGGAGUAAAUGUCAAAAAAAUUACACGCAUCAAGAAAGAGACAGCGUACGGGAAAGCAGUGAGUAUAUUUUCUUUAGUGGACAUACAUGGGCUCUCAAAUUUCACUCCAGAGUUAAUGAUCGCGUAAUACUUGCGUUAGAAGUAUUGAAGAGUCAUGGAUUCAUUCAAUAUUGGUAUCAUGUGUACAACAUGUCGCAAGUUGUGGCUGCGGCAAACUCGGUGAUUUCGCAUGAUCCGCAACCAUUGAAUAAGACCGUGUUUUACUCACAUUUUGUUAUCUUAUUUCUCGGAUUAAUAAGUGCGUUUAUUGUGUUUAUAAUAGAGAUUAUCAUACGGCGAAACAAAUACAUUCUACGGAUGUAUUAGUUAAUAUUAGUUAAUGAAAAACUCGCAAUUAUUUGAUCAAAUAGUAUCUUGUAAAUUACAUUUUCUAUAAAUAAAUAAAC